AUGUCCAAUUCACAAGGUGUCACUGAGAAUGCUAGGUGGACCCAAGAAAAUGUCAACCUUUUUGUUGAGUUAAUGGUAGGAGAGGUUAGGAAGGGGAAUAGGACUACUCAAACCUUUAACAAAGCAGGUUGGAGAAACAUUUCGAAUGAAUACAAAGCAAAAAUUGGUAUAUCUUAUACUAUGCUCCAGUUGAGGAAUAAAAUGGCAAAACUGAGGCAGGAAUAUAGCAGUUUCAAAAAGUUGAUGGAUACAACUGGAUUUGGGUGGAAUAGCUUGACACGAACUUGCACAGUCGAUGAUGAAUCUAUAUGGGAAACACACAUACAGGCAAAUCCUAAAUGGGCAAAGUUCAAGAAGUAUGGUCUUCCACAAUGGCCUGAACUGUGCAUUAUAUUUGGAGACACUUAUGCAAGUGGUGAUGGGAAUGUAGGUAGUCGUAAUGCUGUGUCAUCAAAUGUUGACUCAAGGAGUAUGGAGAAUAUGGAUGAGGAGAUUGGGGAAUCUAGUGAUGCUGAGGAAGUCGAUCCAUUUGUAGACUCUGAACCUGAAGCUACCCCCAUACAUACACCAACCCAUUAUCAUAAUAGGACUCCAAAUACAAAGAGAAAAAGAAGGGGAAACUCUGAUUUAUCAAUGGCUUCCAAGGCCAUUCAAGUGAUGGUCAAAUCAAGGUUGGAGAGAGAUGCUAGUUUGUCUACCACAUCCAAGAAUACUGAAAUGCAAUUUAGCAUUGCUAGGGCCUUAGAGGUACUAGAGACAGUCAACAAUGUAGAUGAAGAAUUAUAUGAGAAGCCAGCUGUCAAGAUAAUGGCAGACCCGCAAUGGAGAGAGGCUUUCAUUUCAUGCCCUGCACACCGCAAGAUCAUAUUUCUUAGACUUCUUUAA